UUCUGCCUGGCUGCUGCGCUCAGAUGGUCACCGAACGCUGACUGAACACUUCUGGAGACAUGAGUUUCUACAGCGAUGCGUCCGAGGACGUGAGCGAUGAAUUGGAGACUUUGGGGUGGUACCACUAUGACCUGUCCCGCCAUGCUGCAGAGGCCCUUCUCUUGUCCAAUGGGACUGAUGGAAGUUAUCUCCUGAGAAACAGUAAUGAGGGACCAGGCUGCUUUGCCCUGUCUGUCAGGGCGAAGGAUUCAGUCAAGCAUUUUCACGUGACACGCAAAGACAACGGCUAUGUGUUUGGGUUUAACCAGUUUGCAACACUUCAAGACUUUGUCAACCACUUUGCUAACCAGCCUCUGCUGGGGAGUGACACAGGAACCCUUAUUGUACUGAAGUGUCCGUACCCAUGGCGUGUGGAGGAGCCAUCCAUCUACGAGUCUGUGCGAGUUCACACAGCCAUACAGACAGGCCGCACAGAAAAUGAUCUUGUGGCGAAUGCACCAUCGCUGGGCACAAAGGAAGGCUAUCUGGUGAAACAAGGAGCAUUUGUGAAGAACUGGAAGCAGAGGUGGUUUACACUCAACAGAUAUGAACUCAGAUACUUUAAAGACAAAAUGGUGAGACUCUCUUCAGCUGUGGGACACUGUGUGCUUAAUGUGCUAUUUCUCAACUUUACUUUUGGAUUUUUGAAUACAUGUGAGGAGCCCAUUCGAACCCUGGAUCUUCGAGCCUGCUCUGCAGUCCAGUUUGACUAUUCUCAGGACAGAGUCAACUGCUUCUGCCUGGUGUUUCCUGAGAGGACAUUUUAUCUCUGUGCAAAGACGGGUGUGGAAGCAGACGAGUGGAUCAAGAUUCUGAGGUGGAAACUGUCACAGAUAAGAAAAGGUCGAUGAUUGCUGUCAGUGGAGACACAGGAGAUGGUUAGAAGCCCCACCAUCAGAAAGGAUGUCACAUCAACUGGGUGAACAAUGAAGAACAACUGGGACACAUUUCCCUGACAGUACUGACUGGAUGCUAACAACUUGGAUGUGACUCCAUUGUUUUUAGGAAUUUAUUUAGUACAAAGAUGCUUCAUUUCUCAUGAUACUCCUGUUAGCAGUCUUACAUGGCCCCUUUUCUUUCCCAGAGGAUGUUUGUUCCUAGUAUGUUUGACAUGAACAUUUGCUUGAAAAAUUAUUUAAAGGAUAGAUUUAUUUUGUAGGAUUAUUCUGUAAGACUAAAACUAAAUGUGUUUGUGUGCCCCUCAACACUUCCUGAAUUCUUUACUCUGUCUGUGGCUUUCCAAGGCCCCAAGCCCACUGGUUCCAACUGAAGAGCAAAAUCUUAAAAACGGCUCACUAAUAUGUACUUUAAUUUUUUUAAAAGGCUCAGCAAUUUCCUAUAAGAGUUUACCGCUGCAGAUUUCAGCAAAUUUUACUCACACAGGAGGAAAAAGUGACUUUGUUGGGGACAGUGGAGGAUUAAUCCACGUUCGGUGCUGUAGUAUUUGUGAAAGCGGGACGGUGUGUGUGUGGGACUGAGGCUAAAUAAACUACAAUGUAUGUGUUCAUGGUGAUGAAGGAACAUGUGCCCCAGUGCAACCGUGUGUCUCACUUACGUGUUUUAAUAGUUUUUGGAAAAAAAAUGGAGCUCAAUGGCUCAAAGGAAUAAGGCUACAUCAGGCUGUAAAUACACACAGGACUUGUUAGCAUCAAUUCAUUGUUAGUUUAGGUCUGCGCGUGGAAUUUGUUGACCAGAUAAAUGUAGGAUAUUAUCCUUUAAUAACUGCAAAGCAUUUAUUUAAAACGUCAGCAUAACAUGAGAUUCAGGGAAUUUACUUUACAUAUUAGAAUAAAAUAGGUAAUUAAAAUAUAGCAUUACCAAGAGCAUCACUAACCAAGACCAGGUCAGGCAGAGUUGUGUGGUUACCUGUCUCCUUGCAUGAUGCUGUCAUACUGUACGUCACACCCCACAGGAUAGCCAGUCAUGCCAUGACUAUGGGUGGUGAGAACUGCAUGACAACUUACUUAAUACUGAUGAAUUUUGUCAAGUAUAGAAAAUUAUUUUAAGUAAAACCAACUAACUAAAGGAUUCCAAAUCGAAUUAUUCAUUUUGCAAUCACUCCUCUAAAACUGCCUUUUACAUACAGUGGCAUGAAAGCGUUUGUGCACCCUUGGUCAAAAUUUCCGUUUCUGUGAAUGGUUAAGUGAGUAAAAGAUGAGCAGAUCUCCAAAAGGCAUAAGGUUGAAAAUUAAACAUUCUUUUCAACAUUUUAAGCAAUAUUAGGAAAGGCCAAGUGAUGCAAAUUUCAAAGCUUUGUAAAUAUUCUGACCCCUAAAACCUUGUCUCAACAAUCAGCAGCCCUGGGCUCCUCUAAGCAGCUGCACAGCACUCAUAGCCUCAUUUCGUAAUGUAAUUAAGAAAUGGGAGUUAAAAGGAACGGUGGAGGUCAAGUUGAGGUCUGGAAAACCAAGAAAACAUUCUGAGAGAAGUGCUCAUAGGAUUGCUAGAAAGACAAAUCAAAACCCCCGCUUGACUGUAAAAGGCCUUCGGGAAGAUUUAGCCGAACUGUGGAGUGGUGGUGCACUGUUUACUGUGCAGCGACACCUGUACAAAUAUGACCCUCAUGGAAGUCAUCAGAAGAAAACCUGUCCUGCAUCCUCACCACAAAAUUCUGCAUCAGAAGAGCCUGAUGCAUUUUGGAAAC